AUGUUAGUAUCCUGGAAUGUACGGGGGCUCAACAAAGCAGGUAAACAUAAAGAGAUUAGCUCUCAUCUCCUCUCCAUUAGAGCUGAUAUAAACAUCCUGCUGGAAACGAGGGUUAAAAAAGAAAAGGCGAAGGUUAUUAGGGGCAAGCUCAAUCUUCCGGGUUGCUAUAUAGAUAAUUAUAAUCACUACCCAAAUGGAAGAAUCUGGUUGAACUGGAAUGAUGCUAACAUACACGUUACUGAGAUUAUUAGUACGGAUCAAAUGGUGCACUGCGAAGUUAAAGAUAUGCAGGGGAAUUUAAGCUUUUGUUUGACUGUUGUCUAUGCACAAAACAAACUGGAGCAUAGGAGGAAGUUAUGGCAUGAUAUUGAACAGAUCCAACAUCAAGGGCCUUGGUAUAUAGUUGGUGAUUUCAACAAUGUGCUAAGGACAAAAGACAGAAUUGGUGGGAAUCGAGUAACUGAGGCUGAAUACAAGGACCUGCAAGAUAUGAUUAUUAGAGUUGGGCUAUUUGAAGUGGAAUCCAAAGGUGAUUAUUACACAUGGUUUAACAAACAUAGCGUGGAUCCUAUUUAUUCAAGGAUAAAUAGAAUGGAAACACCCCCUUGCAGGAAGAUGAAUUUUAAGUUUCUCAAUUGUGUGACCAAGCUACCAGGUUUUGAUGACGCUGUCGCGCAGAGUUGGAAUAGCCCUGUUGAUGGUAGUCCUAUGGUAGUGGUGUGGAAGAAAUUGAAAAGAUUAAGAAAAGUUUUAGGUACUCUGUCAAAACAAUUUGCUCAUACGAAACUCCAGCUGGCCAAAGCUCGGGAAGAUCUUGCUGAAGCUCAAGACUCGCUUGUAAAUGACAAGAUUAAUAAAGAGAAAAUUGAUAAAGUGAAGAUGUGUACAGAAACUGUGAUUAGGUGGAACGAGAUUGAUGAGGAAAUUCUGCAACAGAGAUCAAAACUUGACUGGCUCAAACUGGGGGACGGAAAUAAAGCGUACUUCCAUGCCUCAAUUAGAGCCAAACAUAAGGCAAAACGUAUUGACAAGCUUGAAUUGGAUGAUGGCAGUGUUGUUCAAGAUCAGGACGAGAUUGAGGCUGAGGUGCUGAGAUUUUAUAAGAGCUUAAUGGGGGAUAACACAAAAACGAUCCAAGCUAUUGAUAUAGUGGCAAUGAGAGUAGGCACCCAAGUAAAACCAGAGCAGGUUGACAUGUUGACAUCGCAAGUUACUGAUCAGGAGAUUUUUAAGGCCUUAAAUAGCAUUGGAGACUUGAAAUCUCCCGGGAUCGACGGUUACGGUGCGAAGUCUUUUAAGGCUAGUUGGAAUACUAUAAGAACUUAUGUGACUGCUGCAGUAAAAGAAUUUUUUUAG